AUGAAGAGGUUUUUGGGAGCUGCAAAGCUCAGUACCUCGAGCUCGACUCACUCGUUGAGUGCUCUUGAUGAGCCUCAGGCACUCGAGGAUGCCAUGGCUGCUGUGUCAUAUAUACUUAACGAUGAUGUCGAGACGGCAGAGUCAGAGUUGUCCAAAGGCAACUCGCCCUUCCACAAGUUGGGUCAAGGUGUUGUAUCCUUCUUGCGAGCCGCCCUCGGUUUCGAGCAAGACAUCAUGCGAGAAGCCUCUGAAAGACUAGGACAAGCCGAGACUGCCGCCUACGACCAUCAACGCCAUGCCGACAAGAACGCCUACCAAUCAAAGAUAUACCCGCCUGGAAGCGAGUACGCCCUUUGUCUUGCCGAAGCUCAGCUUAUGAGUGCUGUCGUCGCGGUUCUGAACGAGAGUCUCUCCGAGAGUAUCAAGGGUUUCUACAAGAUGAGGAAGGCCUAUGUGGCUUUGCAAGAGAUAGCAGAUGCUGAGAAGAGAUAUAUGAAGAAGAGAAGCUCGACUUCUGUGGCCAGUACAAGCACAAGGUCAACCGUCAACCCGGCUCCUUCGAUAGCUUCCACAGCUCCCUCGAUAGGAGGUCAGACUCUGGUCGCCCAGGAUGAAGACGACGACGAUGACUUUGUGGACGCCGAUGAGAGUUUUACUGCUCCUGCGACACCCACAACAUACCAAGGUCAUUUGGAGUCUAAGGAACUGGAGUCAAAACUAGGAAAUCUGUCCAUUCGUCCUGGCUCGUCAUCCACGAUGACUCCUGCGCCGCCUGUCGUAGAAGAAGAUGACUUUAGUGAUUUUAGCAAUCACCCUGUUGAUCUUUUCAUUCAUUCCGGCUCCAACCUCUGCUUCGGUCUUCUGCAACUAAUGCUAUCCUUGAUACCACCAGCCUUCUCAAAACUCCUCUACAUCAUUGGCUUCAAAGGUGACCGCGAGCUCGGUAUCCAGAUGUUAUGGCGAGCUACCCGAUACACAAAUGUCAACGGCGCCAUGGCAGGCCUGAUCACAUUAGGAUAUUACAACCUCACUGUUGGCUUCUGCGACAUCGUCACCUCGGAUGCUUACCCAAAGGAACGCUUGACGAAUCUGCUGGUUCAGAUGCGCAAGCGUUAUCCCCAAUCUCGUCUUUGGAGACUCGAAGAGGCAAGAAUGCUGGCUGCUGACAAACAGCUGGAAGAUGCUGUUACCAUGUGUGGCACCCAUGAAAAGAGUCCCCUCAAGCAAGUCGAGGCAUUGCAGUGGUUCGAGAAGAGUCUGAAUUGCAUGUACCUGCACAGAUACGAAGAAUGUGCUACUUCAUUCUUGACCUGUGUCGAACUCAACAACUGGUCUCACGGCCUAUACUACUACAUAGCAGGCGCCUGCUACGUCGAACUCUACCGCGAAGCAAAAUCCGUGGACUCAGGCCGAGCAGACAAAUACGCCUCUCGCGCCACAGAACUCCUCCGCAAAGUCCCCAUCCACGCAGGCAAAAAACGCUUCAUGGCGCGCCAACUCCCCUUUGACACGUUUGUGACUCGCAAGAUUUCAAAAUGGGAAGAACGAGCCAAAGCUCGUGGUAUCCCUUUCAUCGACGCCGUAGGCAUCGCUCCAGUCGAGGAAAUCAUAUACUUUUGGGCUGGCUUCAAGAGGAUGAGAAAAGAGCAUCUGUUGCACUCUUUGCAGCGAUUGGACUGGAGCGAACAACACAAAUGUCACGAUAAUGCCGUCGAUGAACUGGCUACUCUGUCUCUGCUGCGAGCAACCGUAACACGCUGGCUAGGCGACACACACACUGCUCGCAACAUCCUAGAGACGCAAGUGUUGAAUCACGAUAGCAGUGAACUCAAGGGAGGAAAUAAAGAUAACUGGUCUUUGCCGGUGGCGCAUUACGAAAUGUCUGUCAUCGAGUGGAUCGAAGCUGGCGGUGAGAGAGGCAGCAAGCAGCAGUUGGACGCUUGCUCGAGGUGGGUGGAGAAGGCUGCGAGGUGGGAGGCGUAUGAUUUGGAUGCUAGGGUCGGUCUCAAAGUCACGACAGCAAGGGAGACGUUAAAGAAAUGCGGCAUCACUGCUGCCAUCGCAUAG